AGCACACAUCUAGUGACUGAAGACUGUGUCAAGAUGACCUCGGAGGAAAUGACAGCGUCUGUUCUUGUCUCUGUGGUACAGGGUAAAGUGAUACCUGCUCAGUCAGCUGGAGAUGAAAAUACUGAAAAUGCUUUGGACACCAGUGUUAUAAAAAGACAUACUGCCAGUCCGGGAAGGCAAACCACACAUGCUCUCUCAUACUUACACAGACUUGAAGAAGAAAGUCUUCAGGGCUCAGUGCCCAAAAUAUUCUCUCUGGCAAAAGAGCAACUGACUAAUGACAAUGGUAAUGAAAACUUGUGGGAGAGGAACAGCUCCAUCCCUGAUUCAGUGGAAUUUCUUAACAUUAACUGUAACAUUGUGCAGAAGAACUACACGAGCAGCCAGGUGUAUAAAUCUUGUGAUCCUUUAGCAGGGAGAGAGGCAUGCCUGGAAACUGGAAUUCCUGUUUCACUGGAAAGAGCCAUGCUUGCUGAAAUUCAGUUGAAAAUGAAUGGGCCUUCGUUAAGAAGCCAGACAGCAGUAAAUAAGAAUGACAGCAACGAUACUGAUAAAGUGGCCUUUUUUCACUUUCAUUGUGCUAGCAAGAGGAAUAUAUCAAAGGCUUUGUGUAGUUUACACAACGGCUUCAUUUUGGAUGACUGCUUGCAGCCAGUAGGUGUUGGUGAUGGUAACACCACUGGUUCCCCAGCCUGCACUUGCAGAUUAAUGGAGUUGACAAAUAAUUGCGAGAAUGAAAGUGGGCAGCAGUUGUAUGAAGACGCUUUAAGGGAUAAGUAUUUAUGUCUGGAAAGAGCACCACGAAAGGUUAAAGUGGCGUGCUCAGGUCACAAUUUCUGUGGAAAUAAUUUUACUGGAAGAAUGCCCUCAAAGCCCUUUCUGAGCCAUUUUGAAGACUGUAAUGAUAACUGUGAAGAAGAGGUGGAAGAGGAUUUCUUUAGAAACAAAAAGGAACGUUCUACUUUAUUAAUAAGACGUUUCUGUAAAAAUGAUAAAGAGGUUAAAAAAUCAGUUUAUACUGGAACGAGAGCAAUUGUUAGGACUUUACCUUCAGGGCACAUAGGAACCGUGGCUUGGAAUUAUGUUGAGCAAAGGAGAAACAACAGUGGCUUGAAGCUUUCUAGGAUUACAACAGAACAGCUAACUAUAAUUCAGUCCUUAAUAAAAUGGGAGUUUAAUUCCUUUCUUGAGAAGUCUUUAUGGUAUGAGAUCUUCAAUACAGUGAGAGAAGAAGGAGCAGAAGAUAUUUUUGAAUAUUUUCCUCAUCUUCUGAGAAAGCUCCCAACGUUUGAUACAGACUGUCUCUGCAAAGGUGAUGGUUUUUGUGUAAAACCAUGUGUAACAGGUGCUUACUGUCAAUAUCGUGCCACUUUACAGAGGACUGCACUCUCUAACUAUAUAACUGGUGCUUUACUAGAAGCAACUACAUCGUUAGGAGCAAGAAGUGGUCUUUUAAAUAUCUUCGGAGGAUCAACUGGAAGAACAAUGCUUAAAGAACGUCAAGCGUGUACAUCUAUGGCUGGCUCCAGCGUCCUUCCCUCCAACGUGUCUGGUAUAAGCAAAGAGCUGAUCGAACUGCAGCACCUCAUCCAGUUCCCGGAGGAGGUUGCCAGCAUUCUGACCGAGCAGGAGCAGGAGCUCUACCGGAAAGUCUUACCCAUUGACUACCUCUGCUUUUUAACCAGGGAUUUGGGUAAUGCUGAAUGUCAAAGCAAGCUGCCAUCUAUUAAAGCUUCCAUAUCUGCUACUAUUCUUUCUUCCCCAAAUGGUGAACGUAAUACUGUAGAAGAUCUUGUGACAAGGUUUAAUGAGGUGAGCUCGUGGGUUACCUGGCUGAUCCUGACUGCAGGUUCUAUGGAGGAGAAACGAGAAGUCUUCUCAUACUUAGUACAUGUGGCAAAAUGCUGCUGGAAUAUGGGCAACUACAAUGCUGUAAUGGAAUUUCUGGCAGGCCUAAGGUCAAGAAAAGUUUUAAAAAUGUGGCAAUUUAUGGACCAGUCUGAUAUUGAAACCAUGCGAAGUCUGAAAGAUGCUAUGGCCCAACACGAGUCAUCAUCUGAAUACAGGAAAGUAGUCAGCCGGGCACUCAACAUUCCAGGCUGUAAAGUUGUUCCUUUUUGUGGUGUAUUUUUAAAAGAGCUGUGUGAAGUUUUGGAUGGAGCAUCAAGCCUCAUCAGACUCUGUCCACGAUAUAACUCCCAGGAUGAAACAUUAGAGUUUGUUUCAGAUUACACUGGACAGGAUAAUUUCUUGCAACGAGUAGGCCAAGAUGGUUUAAAUAAUCCAGAAAAAGAAUCAACAGCAAACAAUAUCUUUCAAACUAUUCGGAGCUGCAAUCGCAGUUUGGAAUCUGAAGAGGGUGAAGACAAUUUUAGUGAAGGGAGCAAUUCAAGAAAAAACUCUUUGAAGGACAAAAACCGUCUCUCUUCUUUGUUCCCUUACAGAUUUAUAAUUGGAGAUCUUUCAGAUUCUGAAAGUGAUAUAUUUGAGCAGUUGAAGGAGUGGGACACAAAUUCAACAGAAGAGCAACAAAAGGCGUUCUGCCACGGGAUAGAGCUCAUUCCCUGGUAUGUGCUAUCUAUCCGGGCUGAUGUCCAUCAGUUCAUGCAACAAGGGGCGACCGUCAUUCAUUACGACCAGGAGACACAUCUCUCAGCGCGUUGCUUUCUUCAACUUCAGCCCGACAAUAGUACUUUGACUUGGACAAAACCCACAACAGUUUGCCCCGCAAAUGCGAAGGCAAAACUGAGCGUGCUGGGUAAUACUGCUGAGCUCGGUAAAUACCAGUUUCUUGGUAAUACCGGACUGGUGGAAGGUUUUUUGGACUUGUUUUCCGCCAAGGCUGUAUAUAUGGGACACUCUGGCAUUGAUAUGCACACUGUGUGUGUUCAGAAUAAACUUUGUAGUAUGUCCCUUGAAGAAAAUGGUAUAACACUACUUUAUGGACUUCAGACUACUGAAAAUAAGUUGCUGCACUUUGUUGCUCCAAAAUAUACUGCCAGAAUGCUAUAUGAUGGAUUGCUGGAAUUGAUUAAAGCGGUAAGAAAAAUGAGGAGAUUUCCUGAUCAAAGACUACAGUGGCUACGGAAACAGUAUGUCAGCCUUUACCAGGAGGAUGGAAGGUUUGAAGGCCCAACCUUGGCUCAGGCUGUUGAACUGUUUGGAGGCAGGCGAUGGAGUGCAAGAAACACAAGCACGGGAACUCUCACCAAAAGCACCGAGAAACCUAGUGUCCAGAGAAACAACACUCUGGGAAUAAACGCAGCUAAGAAAAAGAAGAAAGUACUCAUGAGGGGUGAAAGUGGAGAGGCCACUGAUGAUGAAAUGGCAACUCGUAAGGCAAAAAGCUGUAAGGAAUAUCGUAAUAGAAGUGGUUCGGAUCCUCAAGACAUUGAUGAGCAAGAAGAACCAGAUCAAAGCAUUAUUAUUAAUGCUUCUCCAUCGAACAACCUGCCAUCAAGAAGAGCUCACUCUCUGACAGCAUCUGCAUCUCCUAAUUUAGGAGCUACAACAUCUUCACCAGCAAGACCGGUCUCCUCACCUGUGAUGUCUUCAAGCAAAAGUCAGUCUAGCACAUGGAGCAGCAGUAGCUGGCAUGGCCGCGUUAAAGGAGGAAUGAAGGGGUUUCAGAGCUUCAUGGUGUCUGAUAGUAACAUGACUUUUGUGGAAUUUGUAGAGCUCUUCAAAUCUUUCAGUGUCCGUAGCCGCAAGGAUCUGAAAGACCUUUUCGACGUCUAUGCUGUGCCUUGCAAUCGGUCUGGUUUAGAGCCUGCUCCACUUUACACUAAUUUGAAAAUUGAUGAAAAUAGCACUGGAUUCCAGCCUGAUUUAGAUUUGUUGACUAGGAAUGUUUCAGACCUUGGUUUGUUCAUUAAGAGCAGGCAGCAACUAUCAGACAACCAGAGGCAAAUAUCUGAUGCUAUUGCUGCUGCCAGUAUCGUAACCAAUGGUACUGGAGUUGAAAGCACAUCGCUGGGAAUAUUUGGAGUGGGAAUCCAGCAGCUAAACGACUUCCUAGUGAAUUGCCAAGGAGAACACUGCACCUACGACGAAAUCCUCAGUAUUAUCCAGAAAUUUGAACCCAGUGUGAAUAUGUGCCAGCAGGGGCUGCUCUCUUUUGAAGGAUUUGCAAGGUUUUUGAUGGAUAAAGACAACUUUGCCUCCAAAAAUGAUGAGUCACAAGAGAAUGCUGAGGACUUGCACUUUCCGCUGUCCUAUUACUACAUAGAAUCUUCCCACAAUACUUACCUUACCGGCCAUCAGCUUAAAGGGGAGUCCUCAGUAGAGCUCUACAGCCAGGUUCUUUUACAAGGCUGCAGAAGUGUAGAAUUAGACUGCUGGGAUGGCGAUGAUGGGAUGCCUAUCAUUUAUCAUGGGCACACUCUUACUACCAAGAUCUCUUUUAAGGAGGUAGUUGAAGCUAUUGAUCGCAAUGCAUUUAUCACCUCCGACAUGCCAAUUAUCAUAUCAAUAGAAAACCACUGUUCAUUGCCUCAGCAACGUAAGAUGGCUGAAAUUUUCAAGAAUGUAUUUGGAGAUAAGCUGGUAACCAAGUUUUUAUUUGAGAGUGACUUUUCUGAUGAUCCCAUGCUUCCUUCACCCGGACAACUGAAAAGAAAAAUCCUGCUUAAAAACAAGAAGCUGAAAGCCCAUCAAACACCAGUGGAUAUAUUGAAACAAAAGGCUCACCAGCUGGCGCAUAUGCAGGCACAGGCUAGCAAUGGCGCUAGCAACCCCGCACCUGCCAAUGAAGAGGAAGAAGAUGAAGAGGAUGAAUAUGACUACGACUAUGAAUCGCUGUCUGAUGAUAACAUUCUUGAAGACCGACCUGAGAAUAAAUUAUCAAGUGAUAAACUGCAGUUUGAAUAUAAUGAAGAGACUGCUAAACGAAUAAAGAAGGCUGAUUGUGCUACUUACAAUAAUAAAGGAAAGGUGUACGAUAUGGAGCUGGGUGAAGAAUUCUAUCUUCUGCAAAAUAAGAAGGAAAGCAGACAGAUAGCCCCAGAGCUAUCAGAUCUUGUCAUUUACUGUCAGGCCGUAAAGUUCCCUGGCUUGUCAACUCUAAACCCAUCUGGCUCUAGCAGAGGAAAAGAAAGAAAAAGCAGGAAGUCCAUUUUUGGCAACAAUCCCGGCAGGCUGAGCCCUGGGGAGUCAGCUGCUCUUGCCAAAGCAUCUGGAAAAGGUCCUUUUGAUGCGAUGCGGCAGACCUGGGAAGAUCCUUGCUCUCCUUACAACUCUCCAGCUUCUCUCAGUGCCAUCAUAAGGACGCCCAAGUGCUACCAUAUCUCCUCCCUGAACGAGAACGCGGCCAAGCGGCUGUGCCGGCGGUACUCCCAGAAGCUGAUCCAGCACACAACCUGUCAGCUCCUGAGGACCUACCCUGCCGCCACGCGCAUCGACUCCUCAAAUCCCCACCCACUCAUCUUCUGGCUCCACGGCGUACAGCUCGUGGCCCUUAACUACCAAACAGAUGACCUUCCUCUGCAGCUUAACGCAGCGAUGUUUGAGGCUAAUGGCGGCUGCGGAUACGUUUUGAAACCUCCUGUGCUGUGGGAUAAAAAUUGCUCCAUGUACCAGCAGUUUUGUCCAUUAGAAAGAGAUCUUGAUAAUAAGGAGCCAGCUAUAUAUUCUUUAACAAUUGUGUCCGGACAGAACGUCUGCCCUAGCAAUAGCACGGGCAGCCCGUGCAUUGAAGUCGAUGUGCUGGGGAUGCCUCUGGACAGCUGCCACUUCCGGACGAAGCCCAUCCAUCGCAACACUCUCAACCCCAUGUGGAACGAGCAGUUCCUUUUCCGAGUUCACUUCGAAGACUUGGUCUUUCUGCGGUUCGCAGUUGUUGAAAAUAACAGCUCAGCUGUAACAGCUCAGAGAAUCAUUCCCCUAAAAGCUCUAAAAAGAGGCUAUAGACAUGUCCAGCUCCAUAACCUGCACAAUGAAGCAUUAGAAAUUUCUAGUUUGUUCAUAAACAGUCGGAGAAUGGAGGAGAGUCCCUCUGGAAAUGCUCUGCCUGCGUCUAUGUUGUUUAGCGUGGGGGAAAGGAAAGCUGCUGCAACUUCCAGAGUGACAAUUCACGGAGUUCCAGGCCCGGAGCCUUUCACUGUUUUUAGUGUAAGCGGGGGGACCACGGCUGGACAGCUUCUCCACCAGCUCUUGGCUACCACAAAAGGCCCCGAGUCAUGCGCUGCAGACUAUUUUCUGAUGGAGGAGAAAAGUUUUAUAUCUAAAGAAAAGAGUGAAUGCAGAAAACCACCAUUCCAGAGAGUGAUUGGUCCCGAAGAAGGGCUAGUGCAGCUUUUGAACAGUUGGUUCCCAGAAGAAGGAUAUGUUGGAAGGAUUAUCUUUAAAACCCGAGAGGAAAAUUUGAACGAGAGAAACGUCUUUCAAGAUGCAAAGGAAGAUGCAGCCAUCAGCUCUGAGGAGGACAGUUUCUUUGUUCAGGUCCAUGACGUCUCCCCAGAGCAGCCACGCACCGUCAUCAAAGCUCCCCGCUUCAGCACAGCUCAGGAUGUCAUACAGCAGACUCUUUGCAAAGCCAAAUACUCCUACAGCAUUUUGAGCAAUCCAAAUCCAAGUGAUUAUGUGCUCUUGGAAGAGGUGACGAAAGAGCCAGCGAACAAAAAGUCCUCAACAGCUAAACCAUCUCAGAGGAUUCUCUCUGACCAAGAGUGUGUGUUCCAGGCCCAAAGCAAGUGGAAGGGAGCAGGAAAAUUCAUCCUUAAACUCAAAGAACAGGUUCAGGCAGCACGAGAUGACAAAAGAAAAGGCAUCUCCUUUACCAGCGAACUCAAGAAGUUAACCAAGGCGAGUAAGCAGUACCGGGGGUUCAUAUCGCCACCUCUGCAGGUCUCGCCGGAGAGUCCGCAGAGCAAGGAUGAAAGGUCUGCGUGCGGUUUGACUUUCAGUGACAUUAUGGAAUAACCACCACUACCUACAGUGCGGUCUGUUCAGAUGCUUAAUCCAGGCAAUGCUGCUGGAUUCACAUCCAGAAUCUGGGAAUCCUAAGCAGGAUGUCAUAGAUUGGAAAGAUGCCUGUCAGCUAUUGGAAGAAGAUUCUCCUCCUCCCGUAUCUUCACAUCUGCAGAUUCUCGAUAGGCAGAGCAAGAGGUCUGCUUGGACUGUAUGUUAUAAGCAAGCAUGUGUCGUCGCCCUCCCCUUUUUAAAGAAAAGGUAAUUUUAGCUAGUUGCCUCUAGGGAAACUGAAGGCAGAGAACCAGAGUGUUCUUUUAUGUGUAUUAUAUUAAAAUAAUGCACUUUUACCUGAUGAUUUCUGUUAAACACUGUGUUAAGUGAUUGUAAAGAGAUUUAAAUAUACUGUAACUUCCUUUGCAUAUCUAACUUCGGUGAAUAUAUACAAAAUGCUCAAAUUAUUUAUGGUUUAUCUACUUUAACAAAGUAAUGUACAAUAGCUAAUACACCUAACUGGUAGUGAUACUUUGACAAGGAACAACAUUUCCUUCUUAUAAAGGUUUUCCAGGCUUGUGUUUAAAGAAAGAAUAUUUAUUAUCAUGUUCCAAAGUAUGUGCCAUUGUAUAAUAUAUUUAUCAUAUAUAUUACGUCUUCAAAAAUGCAGCAUUUUUACCUCUCUCUGGCUUUAGAGGAAAAAAAUGUUUGAACUUUUCUGGUUGUUUCUUUUCAGCACAAGACAUUUAAUACCCAAACCUGACCAAACUCAAAACAAUGUAUCGAUAAAUGUAAUUAACAAUUUCAAAAUCUUGAAUUCAAAAUACAUGUUUCCAUAGUCAGGAAAUGCCUUUUUACUUGUCUUACACUAUAACUCCUGACAUUUUUGUUUACAUAGAAACACUGUUGUAAAUUUUUAUGUUUGCCGAAUUCAUCUUUUGAUAUUUAAGUUAGUGGUGGUUGUCUCCUUUGUUUUUUUCCCUCCAUGGGAGUUACCAAUGUGCUUGGUUAGUUAAAACCCAUACCAACUUACGGGGGCACAAAUGGAACAGUUAAUGUGGGAAAUCAGAGGGAUGACUCACUUCAGUAAGUGCACCUCUGGUGGAUAAAUUGCUCUGCAUGUGUUUUGUCUCCCCAGGGCAAUCCCUAAACAAAGCAUUUCAGUUACCUGGUGUGACUAAAUCAAGCCAUCCAUUAAUAUGGGGAGUGAUUGGCACACUCAGCUAUUCCACAUCAGCUUUAGCACUCGAGCACAAAAUGCUGCUGCUCCUAAGAGAGAAGCUGCAUCAGGCAAAGGAUAAAACAGCAGGGUAACUAAAACAAGGUUUACUUUUGAUAGCGCAAGGACGAAAGGGAAAGAAGUUACAGGCAGUAGUGCUGUGACAACCAACACCCCCUGCCAAUAAUUAGAAAAUUAAAUAAAAGCCAGCAAAUUCAUUAAUUGGCAUAUAAACAAGUAGAUAGAACCUGCAUUCUGUCACCAGAAGCUAUGAAGUCUUUCACUACAGAAAAUUCCUAUAAAGUAGCCAUUACCAAAGCAAAAAAGUGCCCUCUUGAGGUUGCUUCCAAGGAAAAUAACCACACACAAAACUAUCCAAUUUCCCUGUCCCAGAAACCAUGCACUUCCCACUGCUUAUCAUCAGUACUGAUGGAGCAAACCAGCAUUUUGCAAUUCAGCAAUCAUGAUCAAGUAAAGAACCCGGCCACACCUCCUGUAUUGCCAAUUCCAACUGCACAGCCAGCCCCUGUAAGAGGGAGGUGGGCUCUCUCCCUACCCCACGCCCACAGCAUGUGCAUGAUGCAGGACUGAUACCAAGUAUGAUGUUUGUUAGAAGGGGCAACAUACCCAUAGUUUUAUAUGCAUAGCUGGCUUUGGAAUACUUUGAAAUUACUGGAAAAUGCUUACAUCAACCUACUGCACAAUUCAACUAACGCAAUUAUUUUUUUAAAAUGUUCGUUUCGUUCUCCCUGUUAUUUCAACAACAGUAGCAGUUUCCCAUCACAAAAAAAAAUUCCUUUUGGUGUUUUUAUCGUGUUUUAGAAACAAUACUUACUUUCCUAGAGAGUUUGCCCUUACCUAUUUGGCUUUUAUUUGUUAUAUUCAGAAGCACUGAAAAUAAAAGUCUUAAUAGCACCUGUAGUAUUAUAGUAGCCUGGAAGACACACUUGCUUCAACACAGAAAGCUGUUACACCCAUGUCAUCAUCCACUAAUGGUUUUCUGUCACAAAUUUAAAAAAAAAACAACACAGAACUAAACAGCUGGGACAUUAUUAAGGGACAAGAGUGUCCACGUCACAUUGCAUAAUGCAGGUCUAAUGAGCCUCCAGUCUAGUGGCAAUUUAAAAACAUGGGUUUUGUACUAUUUCUACUAGCACAGUAAUUUUCUAGCUGUGGGAGUAGUUCAUUAAUGUAAGUACGUACCUUCCUCAUCAGUCAAGGUCUAAAGCUGCUUUUGCUGCUGUUUCUCACGGUGAAAGAAAACAGCAAAACAUUUGGCUUUCUGGUAAAAAAACCCAAAACUUCAUAGGAGGCACAUAGGCAUUAUACUGUUCUGGUAUUUUCAUUAAUGUACAUAUAUGACUUGACUUAAUUUCAAGUUUAGGUAUUGGUAAACAUCAGAGUAAACUUUUCUUGGUGAAAUGUGGUACCUUUUGGGGUGAAGCUGGAAAGGAGUACGUUAUCCUUCCAUUUGAGUUGGUUCCAAAUAUCCUAAUAAUGACAGCACGGCACCACUUGAAGCAUUAAACAGGUGGUGUGGUUUGGGUUUGAGGUUUUGUUCUGGGUUUUUUUUGUUAACUUUUGUGAAAGCCCAGUUAGAAAUACUUCUUAUGCUGGGUUAUUAUUCCAAUAGGAAAGUUUAUUCUGCUUAGCCACAGAUUUUAUUUCUGCAGGAAUACCUGUCUACACAUUCCUAUGACAAGACUGACAAAAUAACUUUGGCCCUUUCUGUGCUUUUGGCUGGGAUGGACAUCAAUUAGGAAAAUAUAUUAAUUUUUACAUUACAAACUAUUUACAGGAAGGAGCUUCCAGGAUAAAGUUUGAAAGAAAGGAAUGUAAAUAAUCAACACCUUCCAGAAACAUGCACUCUCUGAGUGGUAGCAGGCCUCAUGCUGAACAGUUUACAGGUGGAAAGCUCACGCUCUGUUGCCUACCAGCAAAACCACAGAAGUACUUUACUCUAGGUUAUUUUAAAAUCACUGUUACUUUUCUACCACUUUCUUAUAUUUUCCUUACAUAGCACAUGCUGCUUGCAGUGGUGUGACUGUAUGGGACAAAAGUUGGGCAGCCACAGAACCUGGCCCUGUUGCAGUGCUCGUCAGUCUGCAGGAGGUAGUUCCCAUCACCUGAAGGGCUUCCUGUUUCUAUCUUACUAAUCCUAAGAUUAGCAGUUAGAAGAAUAAAAAAAAUACCAUGUCAGUUUUAAUUUUUAAAACCUAGUCACAUUAUUUUAUUGCUACAAAUAUUACUAGAUGAAGUAUAUCGAUAGCCAUCAUUAGAAAGCCGUAUGCUUCUAGAAAACACGUGCUUUCAAGAAUUAAGGACUUUUAACAUGGAAAUAGCUAAAUAUUUCAAGAACACAUUCUCUUACAUUCAUAGUUUGUCUUUUUUAAAGAAGAACUUGCUGGUAGCUUUACAUUUCAGUGAAAGGGUGAGUCUGCAGCUUCUGAAACUGAUCUGUCCGUUCUGCUCUAGCUCUCCAAAUGCUUCAGCUAACAUUUGCUUUUUAAUCACUGGCCAUUACUAGUCCGCUGUAAAACUCCGUUCACUCUUAGGGUAGCCCACUAAAUGUAACAAAGGUGGCGUUCUUCCUGUCUGUGAUAAAUUAUUUUGUAACUUCAAUAGUGAUAGACAUCUGGCAGACUUAGCAAAUUAAACACAAAAAUCAAUAGCAGUAAAGAGAUUUUGCUCCAAUACAUGUAUAGGUUAUUUCAGAAUGACGUAGUUGUACAGCUGUCUUCCUCUGCCUCUUAAAGCAUGUCCAAGUAUUCUGACAAUGCAACAUCACUAUGUGCCAGUCUUUAUUUUGUGUGGAAACUAUGUAAAAUGAA